CCAUAACCCAACACAUUCAAUAGCCAUCCUAAACAUUGUCAAUAGAGCUAUUCAUUUGUUUACUUAGUAAGCACUAAAAAUACUAGCUACAAUGGCCGCUUCAACAAUGUCUCUCUCUUCUUCAACAUUGGUUGGGAAAGCCAUCAAACUUUCCCCAUCCACUCAGGACUUUGGAGUGGGAAGAAUCACAAUGAGAAAAACGACCCCAAAGAAAGUUUCUUCUGGUAGUCCAUGGUACGGUCCAGACCGUGUCAAGUAUUUGGGUCCAUUCUCGGGUGAAGCCCCAUCCUAUCUCACUGGUGAAUUUCCUGGUGACUAUGGUUGGGACACUGCUGGACUUUCAGCUGAUCCAGAGACCUUUUCCAAAAAUCGUGAACUCGAGGUCAUCCACAGUAGAUGGGCUAUGUUGGGUGCCUUGGGAUGUGUCUUCCCUGAGCUCUUGGCUCGCAAUGGUGUCAAAUUCGGCGAGGCUGUUUGGUUCAAGGCAGGAUCUCAAAUCUUCAGUGAAGGUGGACUUGACUACUUGGGUAACCCAAGCCUAGUCCAUGCACAAAGUAUCCUUGCUAUAUGGGCUGUCCAAGUUAUCUUAAUGGGUGCUGUUGAGGGUUACCGUAUUGCUGGUGGACCUCUUGGUGAGGUAGUCGACCCACUCUACCCAGGUGGAAGCUUUGACCCAUUAGGCCUUGCUGAUGAUCCAGAAGCCUUUGCAGAGUUGAAGGUAAAAGAGUUAAAGAAUGGUAGAUUAGCUAUGUUCUCAAUGUUUGGAUUCUUUGUUCAAGCUAUUGUAACCGGAAAAGGACCUAUAGAGAACCUUGCUGACCACCUUUCUGACCCAGUUAACAACAACGCAUGGGCUUAUGCCACAAACUUUGCCCCAGGAAAGUGAGUCAAAAUUUCUCCAAAACAAUGGGAAGUGACAAACUUGAUUAUCACAAUGUAAAUUUCUUUCAUGUUUGUACUAAUAUUAAGAGACUCAAAUAAAUGUGAAUGACCACAUGCACAUUAUUGAAA